GAUGGCGAUCGGAGCUUAGGUAUUGGCGCCAUCUGUUCGCAAUUAAUUGUAUUAUCAGCGAUUUUUAAUUUUUUUGUUGACGUGUUUUACUGAUUUUCGUCAAUCUGUCAUGUUACGUUGACGUGUAUUUGUAUUAAUCAUUUGUCAACAAAUCUCGGAAUGAUUUAAGAUGAAAUAAAUAUAAUUAUAAGCGAAAACGUAUUAAAGAUGGAAUAUUUCCGAAGCGGUUUAAAGUCAGUGCUGGGCGCCCCACCCCCUGGUACCCAACCAACAGGCGCCGAAACCGUGGAAAGAUUAGUAAACCGAGUGAGCACUUCAACAUUACUAGAGGACCGUCGAGAUGCUUGCAGAGCCCUUAAAGCGUUAUCAAAAAAGUACCGACUCGAAGUUGGGGCCCAAGGCAUGGACAUCCUCACGCAGGUGCUCGAAUUGGACAGGAGCGACUGUGAGAUUGUCGGGUAUUGCCUGGACACCUUAUGUAACAUAACUUCCAGUGAGGUUUUCGAGGAAGAGAGUGAAAAUAACAUUAAUAAACAAGUAAAUGUUGGGGAGCAGUUCACUGAGAUGUUUCUGAAGAAUCCAGAGAACGUCACACUGGUUUUGAGUUUUUUGGAGGAGUAUGAUUUCAGAGUAAGAUGGCCAGCCGUCAAGCUAAUGACUUCCCUAGUCAUGUCAAAGCCUAAAGAAGUGCAGGACAUUAUUUUAGUUAGCCCAAUGGGUGUCUCAAAGCUAAUGGACCUCCUGCUAGAAAAUCGCGAGGUAGUGAGAAACGACGCUCUACUUCUUCUUAUAAACCUAACAAAAUCCAAUGCGAACAUCCAGAAAAUCGUCGCUUUUGAGAACGCUUUUGACCGCCUAUUUGACAUCAUCAAAGAUGAAGGCUGGACAGAUGGUUGGAUAGUUGUGGAAGACUGCCUACUUUUAAUCCUGAAUCUGCUAAGAAACAACACGAGCAACAUCAAUUUUUUCAAAGAAGGAUCUUACAUUCAGAAGUUGACGCCGAUGUUCGAACUGCCUGCGAAUUUGGAAGAAGUAGGGUGGAGCCCUCAGAAGGUUUCGAAUUUUCAUUGUCUUCUGCAAGUGAUAAGGACUUUGGUGUCGCCCAAUAAUCCUGUUCAGAUUAUUACAGCUUGUCAGAAGACUAUGAGGAAUACAAAUCUCUUAGAAACCUUAUGCAACAUCCUCAUGGCCAAUGGAGUACCAGCCGACAUCCUCACAGAAACGAUCAACACUGUUGGUGAGGUGAUCAGAGGCAACUUGACCAAUCAGGAGUACUUCUCGAACGUCUUGGCGCCGUCUACGCCACCUAGGCCGGCAAUCGUGGUUUUGCUCAUGUCCAUGGUGAACGAGAAACAACCGUUUUCGCUCAGAUGCGCUGUGUUGUACUGCUUUGAGUGUUUCUUGUUCAAGAAUGAAAUCGGACAAGAGUUGGUGGUUCAGACGCUGUUGCCAAGCAAUACAGCUACAACAGCUUUGACAACUGGUCAGUUAUUGUGCAGCGGCCUGUUCAGUAAUGAUCACCUGAGCAACUGGUUCUCCGCAGUGGCGCUGUCGCAUUGUCUCAAUGAAAAUCCAGCUCAGAAAGAACAGUUACUGCGGGUACUUUUAGCAACAAACUUAGGAGCUCAACCGGUGAGUCUUCUCCAUCAAUGUGCCAUAUUUCUGCAACACACGAGCAAACUUCAAGCAAAAAUAGGAGUUUUGAUGCUGCUAGCAAACUGGAUGGCACAUUGUCCUCCGGCUGUGAAAGUUUUCUUGAACGUUCCUGGCGCCAUGGCUUUUUUGACGGCACAGACUUCGGCUAGCGAAUAUGACAGUAACGAAGAAUUGUUACAGGGUCUCUGCGCCUUUCUGAUGGGCCUGUGCGUAGCUUUCAACGACAACUCGCUACCGAACUACUCGAAAGAGAACCUGUCGCAGCUGAUAGAAAAACGCGUCGGCAUCGAGACGUACUGCAAAAAACUCGGCGAAAUCUCCCGACACGAAGUUUACUCCAAAGCGGCGAAACAGCCGCAAAUCAAGGCGCAACAUUCCAGCGAACUGCUCCUCGAGUUCGAGUUCUGCAAGCUGUUCAAGAACCUCGAAGGUGUGAUAAUUCAAGCGUUGGGCGUGCAGAGGGAUCUGUCGAACGGUCUGUCCGAGUUGAGUUUGACUGAACAUGAAAAUGCGCUGCUGUUGCAGUACAAGGAGUUGAUCAGGGAUCAGGAUAAGAAGUUGCAAGAUAUGCAGAGGAAUAUCAAUAGUUUGCAGAGGAGGAACCAGGAGCUGGAGGCAAAACUCCAGGAGCUCCAAGAAACCAACACCCAACUGACUGAUCAGAAUACGUUGCUAAAAGCCCAACUGUCAGCUAGUGGAACCACAGCACAAUCUAGCGUUCCUCUAGUUCCACAACCUAACGCUGCGUACCAAGAUAUGAACGAAGCGCUUUUGACGAAGAUCGCAAACUUGGAACAAGAGAACCGGACCAAGGACGAAUCUUUGGAAAGGAUGAGAUCGUUAUUGGACAAGAAAAUCGAGGAGUUGCAGCUUGUUAACAAUAACCAGAUGCAAAACGGCAGCGCUGUCAGCUCGCAAGAUGCAGCUUCGCAGGCUACCACUUCUUAUUCUGAUAUGAACGAAGCAUUGUUGGGGAAGAUAGAAAAGUUGAUACAGGAUAACAAGGAAAAGGACGAGGAAUUGGAUAGGAUCAAGAAGGAUCAAGAUUCUCUGCUGGAUCUGCUGACGGAUCAAGAAACCAAACUGGCGACUUACAAAACUAGAUUGAGAGAGUUGGGCGAUACUGUUGAAGAUGAUGACGGCGAUUCGGACAAUAAUUCUGAGGAGUUGGUGAACGAGGCGUAGAGAGUGAUUGUAUAUGAGUGUGAAUAGUAUUGGAAUCAUUUUUAAUAUAUAAGGUUAUCUGUAUUUAUAUCUGUAAUAUAUUAUGUAAAUGCUUAGUAUGGUCGGCAACAACGACCUUGAGUUUAUUCUGCAUUAUAGUAGGAAAGGCGGUAGCAGUAAAAACGACGCCGAAAACUUGACGCGUGGAGUAGCAGUGGUGCUUUGACAGGGUUGCCAUGUUGGGCGAUUUUUCCCUAAAUUUGUGGGACUUUUACUUGAGGAAUUUUUUGGAGAUAUAAUGAAUAAUAGAAAGUAUCCUCCCGCUUUUUGAACCAAACCUACCCAUUUCCAUUAAUUAACUGCGCUUUGGGGGAUUUUUUUUAAAAAGCAAUUCUGAGGGGACUUUGUGCUUGUUUUACUCAUCAAUUGACCUUGAAGAAGUUCACCGUU